CCUUGUUCAAUAUUCUUUUCGUGAAUUAUAUUGUUGUCAAUGGGCUCGCCCAUACGCUUUUCUCUGUCAGUCACCAUGGUGGCACGAAGCGGAGAGCCGUGGCGAUUGCCUAGUCUUUUUUAAUGACAAACAGUCCUCGGGAUAUAUUACGCAUUAUUUUUGCGCGUGGCGGUGUGAUAUAUUGGACGUUUGGCUCGUGGCUAAUGGACGGACUGGAAGCGAUUGGGUUUCAGGCGCUUUGAACGGCGCCCUGGACUUCUUUCAAAAGCAGAAUGCAGAAGAAGACGGACGGGCUGCAUAGAUCUUAAGUGUUUUUUUUGUUUUGUUUUUUUUAGACGCGAGGGGGGAGGAUGUGCUGAAUUUAUUUAAACUCUCGAAGUAAUCGGGAGGAGCGCAGAUAUACCGAGGAGGCCGAUCGUCUUCUGGCAGCAGAUCUAGGUGGAUCCUUGAGCUUUUCCUCGGGGAUCGGCUGCGGGGACGAAGCACCCAACCCCCGUGGCUCCGGCUCCGGCUCUGGGGGACGGAGAUCCGCAAAUCGCCGCAUUGCCGGAGCGUUUUGCGGCGGGGAAAAGCGAGUAACGGGCGAGGACUGAAGCGGCCCCAGAAGUCGGAGCCGUUUCUGUGUGUGUGCGGCGCUGCAUGCUCCUCACGUCCUGCCACCAGAAAGAAUGGCGUCCUACGUGGAUAACAGCUUCCGACAGGCGGUCAUGAAAAACCCGGCCGAGAGGACGCAACAGGACCUGGAGAUUGUGUACUCGUACCUGCACGGAAUGGAAGCUCUGUCCAACUUGAGGGAGCACCAGUUAAGGAUGAUGUGUGAAACUGUGCGGUACGAAAGGCACGAGGCCAACGCCGUUUUAUACUAUCCCGAUGACAUUGGCACCUGCUGGUACAUCCUCCUGUCUGGCUCCGUGUUCAUCAAGGAGUCCAUGUUCUUGCCGAGAAGCAGCUUCGGCAAGCGUUCGGCGGGCAGUCUGCGCCGUGGUUGUGAGUGCAUCGUGCUGGAGCCCUCGGAGAUGAUUGUGGUCGACUAUAUGGAUGAAAAUGAGGAGUAUUUUCAGCGGCAAGCGUCACACCGACAGUCCCGCAGAAGGUUCCGGAAGAUUAAUCAGAAAGGAGAAAGGCAAACUAUCAUCGAUACAGUUGACCCAUAUCCAGUCGGGAAGCCUCCACUACCCCGGGCGUAUCACACGGAAUGCCCUAAAUCACAGGUAUUGUAAUCCACUAUGUGUUAUGUGCGUCCGCUAGCGUGUGACUCUGUCUGUGGUGAUCGUGAUAUCCGUCUCAACGUCAUGUGUGCGUGUGUAUGUUUGUGCGUGCUUGUGCGUGUGUAUGUUUGUGUGUGCUUGUGCAUGUGCGUGCAAUUGAGCGUGUCUGUCUACUGUGUUUGCUUGAUCUGUGUUCAGUAUUGCUCAGCUGAAAACUUGCUGUAUUUACCUGAAUUUCAGUUAAGGGUUAAUGGCAAGAUUUUAUU